AUGCGGCAGGCGGGGCCGGUGGAUCUGGAUGGCGGGUCGCGGAUUCUGUCGAAGCGCAAGAUCCAGGAGCUGGUGGGCGAGAUUGACCCGACCGAGCGGCUGGAGCCGGAGGUUGAGGAUAUUCUGUGCGAUAUUGCGGACGAGUUCAUUGAGUCUGUAACGGCGUUUGCGUGCCAGCUGGCCAAACACCGCAAGGCUGAUACGCUGGAGGCCAAGGACCUGCAGCUGCAUCUGGAGCGUAACUGGAACAUCCGCAUUCCUGGAUUUGCUGCCGAGGAGAUCCGGUCGGUGCGCAAGACAACGGUUCCGAGCAACCACCAGGAGCGACUGAACGCGAUUACAAACACAAAGAAUCUGGCAAAGUUUAACUGA